AUGCAAGCCCAUCUAUCUUCAAGUCAGGAAAAGAAGCCAUAUUCACGGCUCAUCUUGAAAGGAGGCACUGUACUCUUGCAUGAUGCCGGUGACCAUGUCCGGGCAGUGCAAAAAGACAUUCUCAUUGAGAAUAAUCGAAUUUCCAAAAUAUGUUCAAUCAUUGAUGACUCCGCUGAUGCCGACAUCAUCAACUGUCACAUGAAGAUUGUCUCUCCUGGAUUCGUCGAUACGCACCACCAUCUUUGGCAAACCCAGCUAAAGGGGAGGCAUGGCGACGAAGUCUUGCUUGAGUACAUGGCUUCAGGAAACUUACAGUCUUCUAACUAUACCAAAGAAGAUAUAUACUGGGGCCAGCUUGGGGGCUGCCUCGAGGCAAUCAAUGCCGGAAGCACAACUGUCGUUGAUCAUUCGCACAUCAACUGUUUUCCUGGUGCUGCAUCAACGGCUAUCUCAGCUACUGUGUCCUCUGGGUUGCGUUCCAUUUAUGGAUACUGUCCAACUCCUAGAGUCGCUUCCUGGUCGCCGUUUGCACUUGCUGAAGACGUUCUCGCCCCCUGGGUUAUGGAGAACCUGGAGGAUCUGGCCCAGAGAGCACCUUUUGGUCAUGGCCGCGUUACCAUGGGACUGGCGUUUGACCAGUGGUUUUUGCCACCAUCUGUCAUCCAAGACGUCUUCCAACGCGCCAAGGAAGCCGGUAUUAAGCUGGCAACCACUCACGCGAUCCGCAAUGCGCAGAUUGGGAUGACUGACCUUGUUGAGCUGGUCAAGGGACUCGGACUACUUGAUUCUGGCAUGUUGUUCAGUCAUGCCAAUGGCUUGUCUGCGGGAAGCAUUCAAGCCAUAGCAGAUGCCGGAGCGCACAUCAGUAGUACCCCUUCAGCCGAGAUGCAGAUGGCUGCCGGGUAUCCGGUAUGCCUCGAUGACGACCUUCCCCACGCACAGAAGCAGUCAAGUUUGGGCAUUGACUGCCAUAGCAACCAAGCCUCAAGCAUUGUCUACGAAAUGAGAUUGGCCUUGCAGGCAUCAAGAGCGAGGCGCAACCAGAAGAGUAUUGAUCAAGGAAAGGCUCCCAGACACACCUCGAGUACCGUGGAAGACGCUUUCAAUCUGGGAACGAUUCAGGGCGCCAGAGCGAUUGGGAUGGAGGAUAAGAUUGGCAGCAUCGCAGAGGGCAAGUUGGCUGAUUUGGUCAUCUUUGACGCCAAUACCCCUGAAAUGCUGUGUGCGGCCGAGCAAGAUCCGGUAGCGGCAAUCGUUUUGCACAGUAGCGUCGGCAAUGUAGAAAUGGUCAUUGUGGAUGGCAUCGUAAGAAAACGGGGCAAGCUACUGGAUGUGGUAGUAGACGAGGAAAUGAAGUCUACUGUUGCAGGGAAGAACUCUCUGCAGUGGACCGAGGUUGCCAAUGCAAUGAGGAGGUCGAGAAAGGAGCUGCUGGAGCGCGAGGCUGAGGACCAGGAUCUUGAUGAGGUUAAACGGGGGGUGAUCCGCAGCUUCUACGUUGACGAGUCUAAGCUGGUGGGUUGA